UCAGGUGUACGUAAAAGGUAGGUACACUUGAUUGAACAAUGCACAAAAAUCUGAUACAGCUUCCCAGAAGUAGCAGUUCCGAGUUCUGCAGCUUAUUAUGGAAAAGAGUAGCAAUUAAGCCAUCAACAUUUUUGCUGUUGUUUUCUUUCCUGUACAAAUGUCUGAUGCAUAAGGAAUGUGGGGCCAAAUUCCUUAAUUAUCAUCUUUCUUUUUUGUGGUUCUAAGUCUGGUGGGUGAAGAGGACAAAAGCCAAAAAAGCAAAAAGUGUCCAAAGUGUAAAAAAAAUCUAAAGCAAUCAACGGUUUCUAACUACCCAAGUACCCAUUUCUUCUUCCUCCUCUAUAGCUCUACUCUUCACUGUACACCCCACCUUUGAACUCCAUUUCUCUCUGCCCUAAAUCUUUCUCCUUUUUUCCCUUCCAAUUUUUAAUAAUCCCUAAAAUGUCAAAUUCAUCAUCCAAAACAAUAAACCCUCCUUCAAAACCACCCUUUUCUUCCAAAUUCACCCCCAAAAUCUCCCCCAAAUUAUCCCCUUUACCUCUUCCCUUAAAACCCAUUUACAAAUUCCAUCUGAAAAUCCAAUCCUCACUCUCCCCAGAUCCCCAAAACCCCAGAAGACCCCUAAAUUUAAUCUCAAUUUUGACAGCUUUACCUGAUUGGGCUGAUGCAGUUCAGGAAAAGGGUAUGAGAAAAAAGAGGGUUUUGUAUAAUCAUGAAAGUUGGGCAGAACAUAGAAGCUCACUUAGGCAUGUAAGACAUCUGUUGUCUUCACUUUCUUCAAGGGUCAUUGUCUCCCUCCUCCCUCCUGUACUUUUCUUCACUUCUGUAGCUGUUAUUGUUUCUGGGUAUAAUACUGCUGUGACCUUGGAUUUGUUGCCCGAGUUUUUCCCUGUGUUGAGGGCAUCUUCCUUGCCUUAUCAGCUUACGGCGCCUGCCUUGGCCCUUCUUCUUGUGUUUCGGACCGAGGCCUCGUACUCGAGGUACGAGGAAGGGAGGCAGGCUUGGACUAAGAUCAUUGGUGGGGCUAGUGAGCUUGCUAGGGAGGUAAUUGCUUAUGUGGAUGAUUUCAAUGAUGGGAUUAUGAAGAGGAGUCUUUUGCAGUACAUUAUGGCUUUCCCUAUUGCCCUUAAGUGCCAUUUGCUUUCUGACUCCGAUGUUAGGCGAGACCUCCAAAGCGUACUUGAAGCAGAUGAUUUAGCAGUAGUUCUCAGCUCAAAGCACCGGCCGCAGUGUAUAAUACAGUUCAUAUCUCAGAGCCUUCAGAUGUUAAGUCUAGAAAACCAAAAGAGAAUCGCACUGGAUUCAAAGUUAUCCCGUUUCCAUGAUGGGAUUAGUGUUUGUGAACAAAUAGUGGGUACACCCAUUCCUUUGUCAUACACUCGGCUAACCUCAAGGUUCCUUGUACUCUGGCAUCUCACAUUACCUGUCAUACUAUGGGAUGAUUGCCACUGGAUUGUGGUUCCUGCCACUUUUAUCAGCGCAGCAUCUUUGUUCUGCAUAGAAGAGGUGGGUGUACUUAUAGAAGAGCCCUUCCCUAUGCUUGCACUAGAUGCACUGUGCAAAGUGCUUUGUACCAACAUUCAGGAAGCUAUUACAGUCCAGAAAGCAGUUAAAAUACGGGUCAAUGCUAAAAAGAAGACCUACCAGUAUAACGAGCACUCAACGAAUGGUUGGCCAGCAUCAAGUGUUGAUAAGACUUGAUGAAACUUGGCAACAUUCUCAACUCGCGCAUGUUAUUAAUAUCAUACAAGUACCUUGUAUAUGUAAACCAUUCAGACGUCCAGGCCCUGUGUAGAGACUUUGGCGUGGCUUGUAUUCGUAGAGAAGAUCAAGAUGUUGAAAAUAUUAUUUCAAGUAAUGGCAUAUUGAAUGACAAUAAGAACAAUAUAAAGAUUGUGGACGAACUCAUCUCAAACCAAAUUAGUUCAACACGAAUAAGGGACUGCAUCUCAAGAGGGUUGUCUGUGAAGUAUCUAACAGCUGAUGAAGUGAUAGAUUAUAUACGAAAAAAUGACCUUUAUCUGCACCAACAAUCAGAUAUCUGAAUUUAAUUCUGCAAUUAUAGUUCAAGCCACACUUUCAGAACUAUGGAACUGUAUUACUGUAACUAAACAAGUUAAGACCUGUAAUAGCCAUAUGGGUUAUAAAAAUACUGUCCAGCAUGAGGUGAUUCAGAUGGAUCCGUUGCUUCACUAUCAUUUGACUCACCACCUAUACCGAGACCCAAACGUGGGCCACUACCAUCACAAACAGUUGCUGUGUACAAGCCUUGAUUCUCUGACGAAGUUUUGAACAUGGAAAACUGAGGAUGAACCACAGCAAAAGGAGGCAAAACAUUACCAGACUCGAGGCCCAUGUUCCCAACUCCGUGCCUAGGAAUUGGUGGAAGCAUCUCGCUCUCUCGGUACUUUUGCAGAUAAAUUGUGAGUGGCUCAACAUAGUGAUCAAACCCGAGCCUGGACAUUGCCCUUAUAACAUCUUCAGCUGUUAUGGUCUUACGGUGUUCCAGUUGACAAGUUUCAUUAGCUUCACUGGUGAUGAAGCUGAUGAACUCAGAAACACAUUCUUGCACCAUCUCUUUGGCUUCAUCAGCCACUUUCGCGUUUGGGGGUAGUCCCUGCCUUAUGAUCCGGACCACAUUUGCUAUUGGCAUGUAUAGUUCUUGUUCACGAAAUGCAGCUUUUGGGGCCUUAGAGCCGAGUUUUGGGGUCUUAUGAUUGGUGUGUAGAUCAUGAUUCUUGUUGUUGCUAAUGUUAAUCUGGGUUUGAUCAUGCUUGGAUUCAAAGUGGUUCUGCAUUGAGCUUUGGAUGUUGUUGGCCAUCCUAUUAUCAAGUCCAUCAGCAUUACCCACCAAUGGCAUUGAACCUGAAAAUUAACACUGAUAUGAUUAAAAACAAGGGCAUUCAACUAUGUAGUACUCUGUAUCUUAUUUUUCAAAGAAGAGGAUGUUUAAUUUGUUGUAAUUUUCGAUAUUACAAUUACUAUUUCUUGAGUGUAUAGUCAAGUUUCAAACAUAAUUUCCCUUGUAAAAAAAAGAUGUUACUGAAGAAGUUGAUACAAAUUAGUGCUUUUCACA